AUGGCGGGUGUUGUUCCAACCGAAAUGUACGCCAAUAGUCCAAGACGCACCGCCCAAUUUGCACGCAAUGCUCAAGGUGGAGCAAAUACGGAGAUGAAGACCGGAAUCCUCCAACUUGUUUAUGCAAAUCCAUUCACCGGAAUGGAUCAUGAGGAUCCUUUCGCACAUCUCACCAAAUUUUACGAGAUUGCGGGUUCAACGGGGGUUGAUGCGGCGAAUGAAGAAUCAUUGUUCAAGAGGCUAUUUCCACAUUCAUUAAUUGGGAAAGCUAAAGAAUGGUAUCUUGAUCAAUUACCAAAUGUGAUGACGGAUUGGAAUCUAUUGGAAGAAAAGUUUUUAGAACGAUAUUUUCCUCAAUCCCGAUUCAUGGAGGCCAAAACGGCAAUCGCGGUGUUCAACCAAGGAAGCAACGAAUCUCUUAAUGAAGCGUGGGAAAGAUUCAAAUCCAUGCUUAGAAAAUGCAAGGGUCAUGAGGAUGCAAUAAUGAUAAUUGAUCGUAUGGCACUCAAUGAACUCCAAACUCAACAUGAUAGGAGUCCAUCACAAAGAAAGCCGGGUGUUCUUGAAUUAAACACCAAUGAUGCCAUCCUUGCUCAAAACAAGAUUCUCUCUCAACAAGUUGAGUUACUCACUAAGCAAAUGUCGAAGCUUCCACAACAAAUGAAGGAAAUUUAUGGGAUGCAAAUGACUUCUCACGUAGCAAGUUGUGAACUUUGUCAAGGUUAUCAAAGGCAACCUCCACCUCACAACAAUCCUUACCAAAGAAACAACCAAGGAUUCCAUCCUUCAAGAUUCGGAAAUCAACACUAUCAACAUCAAAGUCCUUAUCAAAGUUCAAAUCCACAAGGCCAAGGUCAACAAUCUCAAGGUGGAAGCUCAAAAUUGGAAGACACUCUUACACAAUUCAUGCAAGCAUCCAUGGCUAACCAAAGGAGCAAUGAAGCGGCCAUAAAGAAUUUAGAAAAUCAAGUGGGCCAACUUGCAAAGCAAUUGUCCGAGCAACAACCGGGAGCAUAUUUUUCCGCCAACACCCAAACCAAUCCAAAGGAGCAUUGCAAAGCCAUUGUUACAAGAAGUGGGAAAGAGGUGAAUAGUGGUGUAAAUGAAGAGUUUAUAGUGGAAGAUGAGGAGGAAGUAAUAGUUGAAGAUGAAGAGGAGGAAGUGAUAGUUGAAAAUGAGGGAGAAAAGAGUGAGGAGAAAAUUGAGGAAGAAUUAGUUGAAAAAGAGCGGAAAGAAAAAGAAGAAAGAGAGAAGAAUGACAAAAAGGUGAAGAGGAAUAAAAAGAGAAAUGAGAACAUGCUCACAAAGAAAAAGAAGUACACGGAUGAAGAGACGGUUGUGCUUGAUGCUCAUUGUAGUGCAAUUAUUCAAAAAACUCCACCAAGAAAGGAAGCCGAUCCGGGACGAGUCAUUUUACCGAUCACCAUUGGAGGUAACUACAUUAGUAAUGGUUUGGUUGAUUUGGGGUCUAGCAUCAAUUUAAUACCUUUAUCCGUUGUCAAGAGAUUGGGGAACAUUGAGAUGAAACACACCAGGAUAACUUUGCAACUAGCCGAUAAGUCUAUCAUUUCACCAUAUGGAGUUGUACAAGACAUGCUGGUAAAGGUGGACAAAUUUUUGUUCCCGGUUGAUUUUGUGGUAGUCGACAUGGAGGAGGAUCGUGAUGUGCCAUUAAUACUUGGAAGACCAUUCAUGAAGACCACCCGAAUGAUGAUUGAUGUCGACGAUGGGAUUAUGAAAGUAAGGGUGCAAGAUAAAGAGGUAAUUUUUACUCUUUUUGAGUCUAUGAAGCCUCCUAAGGAUGAGCAUGACAACUUCCGAAUCGAUGAUGAAAAAGGAGAAAUCAUUGAGGUGGAGAAUCAAUUUCACAAGGAAAAGGACAAGGCAAAUCAUGAGGGAAAGACUCAUCACAAAAACUUUAAAGUUGGACAAAUGGUGCUUGUGUGCAAUUCAAGACUCAAGGUGUUUCCUAGCAAGUUAAAGUCAAAGUGGUCGGGGCCAUUUGUUGUGAAAGAGGUGCGAAAUUAUGGAGCCAUUGUGGUGGAGGACCCUAAAACACAAGAAAGCUGGACUGUAAAGGAACAAAGACUCAAAGUCUACCACGAUGGAUAA